CAAACACGUGGGUUGUCAUCUUUUUCGUUUCGUCCAUAGAAUUUUCAUAUUUCACCCAUUUAAAGGAAACUUAUUAUUAUGGCGGUUCGUGUUCAAUUUGAAAAUAAUAAUGAAGUCGGUGUUUUUGCAAAGCUGACAAAUAAUUACUGCUUGGUAGCUAUAGGUGGAUCGGAAAAUUUUUACAGUGUCUUUGAAUCAGAAUUGUCUGAUACAGUCCCAGUUAUCCAUACAUCAGUUGCCGGGUGCAGAAUAAUUGGACGGUUGACAGUUGCCAACAGGCAUGGUAUACUUGUGCCAAACAGCACUACAGACCAGGAAUUACAACACAUUCGAAAUUCCUUACCAGAUUCCGUCAAGAUCCAGCGUGUUGAAGAACGCCUCUCAGCUUUAGGAAAUGUUAUUGCGUGCAAUGACUAUGUUGCCUUAGUUCAUCCUGAUUUGGACAAAGAAACUGAGGAAGUGCUUGCAGACACAUUGAAUGUGGAAGUUUUCCGUCAUACAAUUGCAGGCUCUGUACUUACAGGGUCGUAUUGUGCCUUCUCUAACCAGGGAGGUAUUGUUCAUCCAAAAACUACUGUAGCAGACCAAGAUGAGCUCAGUUCUCUUCUGCAGGUGCCUCUAGUGGCAGGAACAGUUAACAGAGGUAGCGAUGUAAUCGGUGCCGGCUUAGUAGUAAAUGAUUGGUCAGCUUUUUGCGGAUUCGAUACGACAGCUACCGAGAUCUCUGUCAUCGAAAACGUUUUCCGUUUGAAUGAAGCCAAUCAACCGAGCGUCAUUACUACAGAUAUGAGGGAAUCGCUAAUCGAAACGCUGACGUAGAUGCUUGCAACGGACAUCCAAAUACUGUAUCACACGGCUUGAAUAAACAAGUUAACAUACAAUAUUGCAUUUGCUGCACUUAGAAUGUAACAAUCAAAGCCUGCACGUCGCAAAAUGCUAAGCUACUCAUCCAAUCAAAGAGAAAUAAAGUUCUGAAUC